AUGCAACAGGGUGGAGGAUCUGAAACGGAGGUGACAUGGGAAGACCAGCAGAACAUCAACAAAUUUGGCAGAUUGAAUAACCGGUUUCACGAGCUCGAGGACGAGAUCAAAUUUGCCAAGGAAUCAAAUGAAAAUCUGGAGGAUGCAAGCAAUGAGUUGAUUCUCACUGAUGAGGAGGUGGUCCGGUUCCAGAUAGGUGAAGUGUUUGCCCAUGUGCCAAAAGAAGAAGUGGAGAGCAGGAUCGAAGAGAUGAAAGAGGCGACGAGCAAAAAUUUAGAGAAACUUGAGGAAGAGAAGGAAUCUAUUCUUGCGCAGAUGGCCGAAUUGAAGCAAAUUUUGUAUGGAAAGUUCAAGGACUCCAUCAAUCUAGAGGAGGAUUAA